GUGUAAUUAAUUUAUGGUGCUUUUCAAAACUUGCUUAUUACUGUGUAGUUUAUUUUGUAUUAUGUUGUACUAAGCUAUUAAAUUUAGUAGUUAAAUAGUGAUAGAGUUAGUUUUAAGUUAUACUUUGACCUCCGUGUAACGAACUAAGUAAGAUCCAUGCAAUAAAAAUUGAAUAUCUGUAAAUAAACCCAUUUAUCUUGAUAGAUAAUAGGAAGGGAUUUUUUUGUCCUAUUUUCUUUUUAAAAAAUAGAUAUAUCAAAUAAAGUAAAUCUAUAGUUAUGCAAUUAUAAGGUAUACUAUCGUAUUGACUUCGUAAGCAAUAUUUCGCAAAUAUGAGGCAUUAUUAACAUUCUACGAGGCAACUAUGAGGCAUUCGUAUCAUCUUUUUCAUUAGAAAUAUUUUAAUAAAAAAGCUACUCUCACAUUAAACCAGUUUCUUCAAAAUUUGACUGCCAGAUGGCCAGGUGGUUAUGGUGGCAUCCUACUGCUGAGGGAUUCAAGAUCGAACCCGGGCGAGCUGUAAUUAUCCCAGGAAGUUAUGGAGGAUCGAAUAUCUCGAACCCCAUCCCACUGUGGGCCUGAUCCAAUCGAUAAUGAGCUUACUAAAAGAGGCCCUCUUAGUACACACACAGGGCAAAAAGAGUUAAUUAUUCGAUCGUUUCGUCGUGUCGAUAAUUAAAUAUUUCGUCGGUAUUAAUUCUAGCGUAGCAAUAUCAAUUUACAUUUAAAUAUUUAGUCAAAAGCACGCUUUCGAAUUGAAUUUAAUACACAAAGAAUAAAACGGAAAUGAGGAAAAUCAGGAAAUCCGUAGUACACGUACUUAAAAUAGUAUCGAACGAUAGUGGAAAUGACCUAAAUACCCGAUUUUUAUCACUUAAUCGGUGUUUAUCAAUCAAAGUUCGUUAUUUUUCUAGUGCCUGUGGGAUUAUUCGUCUUGUUUCCGAACGUGGAAAAUGUCCCUCUAUUUUCUUUUGGUCCUCGUUGCCGAAUUUUACCUGGCCACUUCUCGAUCUCCCAAUUUCAUCAUCAUGUUCAUGGACGACAUGGGUUGGGGAGAUUUGGGAGUUUUUGGCGAACCAAAUAAGGAGACUCCAAAUUUAGAUAGGAUGGCUUCCGAAGGGAUGCUGUUUCCCGAUUUCUAUACGGCUAAUCCUCUUUGUUCUCCCUCUAGGGCAGCUCUGCUGACUGGAAGAUUACCCAUCAGAAAUGGUUUCUAUACCACCAACGCUCACGCUCGCAAUGCCUACACCCCACAAGAGAUCGUAGGAGGAAUUCAAAACCAAGAGAUUCUACUACCGGAAUUACUGAAGUCGGCCGGUUACCAUAAUAAAAUUGUAGGAAAAUGGCAUUUAGGGCACAGAGAACCAUAUCUGCCUCUUCGGCACGGAUUUCACCAAUGGUUCGGAUCUACUAACUGUCAUUUUGGACCUUACGACGAUAAAACUACUCCCAAUAUUCCGGUGUUCAGAGACAACCAGAUGGUAGGAAGGUAUUACGAAGAUUUCCAAAUUAACCAGACAAGCGGAGAAAGCAACAUGACGAAACUCUACAUUCAGGAAGCGGUCGAAUUCAUAAAAGAAGAAGCCAAUUCCGGAAACCCAUUUUUUCUAUAUUGGGCACCCGAUGCCACUCAUGCCCCCAUCUACGCUUCUAAAAAUUAUCUAGGAAAGAGUCGCAGAGGAUUGUACGGGGAUGCGGUGAGAGAGUUGGACGAUGGGGUAGGAAUUAUUUUGGACACACUACGGAGAAUGAACGUUGCCAAUGACACUUUUGUAUUCUUCAGCUCGGACAACGGAGCCGCUCUGGUCAGUCGUACCAUGGCGGGAAGUAACGGACCAUUUUUGUGCGGAAAACAAACUACUUUCGAAGGAGGGAUGAGGGAACCCGCUAUCGCUUGGUGGCCCGGAAAGAUCUCUCCGGGUUGGGUUAGCCAUCAAGCUGGAACAGUUAUGGAUUUAUUCACCACGGUAUUGAAGCUAGCUAAUUUGAAAGUUCCUAGCGACCGCAUCAUCGACGGCAUAGAUUUAACUCCAACUUUAUUACAUCACGCCGAAACUCUGAGGCCCGUAUAUUACUAUCGUGGAGACGAAUUGAUGGCCGUUAGAUACGGAAUGUACAAAGCUCACUUCUGGUGCUGGAGUAAUUCUUGGAAGGAGUUCAAACAGGGUAUCGACUUUUGUCCGGGCGAAGAUUUGCCAGGUAUAACGUCACACGUUCAGAUGAACUACACUCAGCAACCCAUAUUGUUCCACUUGGGAAGAGAUCCGGGUGAAAAAUAUAAAAUCAGUGCUAACAGCGCAGAAUACAAGGAAACAAUAGCGAAAAUCAGGAAAAUAGUGAACGUUCAUAGAUCGACACUGAAUCCAGGCAAACCUCAACUCAAUUGGUGCGAUGAUUCGGUCAUGCACUGGAGGCCACCCGGUUGCGAGAAAUUGAAGAAAUGCCUUAAGGUUCCACCUUCUAAACCUUAUUUGUGCGUAUGGAAUCACUAAAACUGUUCCAAUUUUCAUCUAGAAAACUCUCGUGGCAAUUUUAGGUACCCUGAUCGUUUGGACCCACGAAAAAUGUUGCAUCCAACACAUUCGUUACGAGAAGUACAGUACAUAACCCUGAUUGGCCUUUCAAGGCAUAAGAAUUGUUAAAAUUGAAUGCUGAAAUUGUAACAAUGUUGUAUAAAUUAAUUUACAAUUUGCAAGUGAUUGAAUAAAACUGCGUUAUUAAUAGAAAUUUAUAUUGAAGUACCAUUUAUAUUCAGGCGAUUUAUACCUUUUUUUUCCGUAAUUAAAAUUCACAUUUCAAAAAGACGUAACUCGGAAAGUAAUCAGCAGAAUGACGACCUAUUCUACUUGGACACUUCUGUAGUGAUGGAAUUUUAUUUGAAGCAAAAAAAGAAUGUUGAUUAUAAAAGUAUCUAGUAGGGCGGUAAAUGGCGCUGCAACAUCUCAAAAUGUCUGAAAAGUUACGAUACACACGUUACACUGUGUGGUUACGCAACAGUAUGCUCGAUUUGCUGGUCUCCGUUGUCGCCACGUUGAAAUCACUGGUAAUGGAACUUGCAUAAACAUUCACAUCUUCAUGUCGCGUUAUACAGUGCACCGUAAGUUUUGCGAUAUUUUGAGUUAUCCACUAUAUUACAGCGCCAUUUACCGCCCCAGCGGACAUUUUUGUAACUAACAUUCUUUUUUGCUUCAAAAAUUCCAUCACUACUGUGAGCCCGAGGGUUUUGAGGGAAUAAAUUUUUGAGUUUAACAUUAGAGGAUGAAAAAUACAUUAUCGCAAGUUAUAACGGAAAUAGAUCGGAUGUCGAAUCUUACACAUCGACAAGCUAGGAAGGAAGGCAAGUCAUCAUCCGUUUGUUAAUUAGUCAACGCUCGUGUGCUAAUUAGUCAUCAUAACGAGUGAACGACCAGUUGGCUCAGUGCCAACGACGAUCGUAUAAAAACGAUCGUCACUUCAGUGCGACCAUCAGGAAGGUCCGAGUACAAGUGUCUCCCGUCCCGAUCCUGUCCGAGGAGAAGCCGGUAGAAGACAUAAGCCUGUGACAGCCAGCCAGCUUUCAUAGUCCAGAAUGAUCGUCGCAUAUCGUCAUCCGAUAUCAUAUUAAGGUAUAUCGAAAUGCAGUAACCUUCUCUCACUCUAGAGCCUUUGUAAACUCUCUCAUGCGGCAUAGUGAAUAGUAGAUCGCCGUUAUAGACAAAUUUGUGUGUAAUCUGCAUCUAAGCACUAAUCAGUAACUUCCUUAUGUAUAUUCCUGUAAAUUAACUUUAGUUAUAGAAUAAAUCUUUAUUUUGUUAUUUGUUAAACCUGUCUCCUGUCUCUCCGGGGAAACCUGUUGAUUUACCUACGCACUCCCCACUCGUUUUGCCCUCCUAGCCAUCCGAACGAUUCCGAGAUCGGGCUUCACCAGCCUGUGCAGAUUAAGUGGUCAGUACGAGAUUAACCCCUGACCCACUGCUUAUCUCACACUACAGAAGUCUCCAAGCAGAAUAAGCCGUCAUUCUUCUGAUUACUUCUCAAGUUACAUCACUCUUAAAUCUCCUGUGUAUUUUUCCAUGUGCAAGAAGUCACAAUCCAAUUUGGCCAGAUGGUUGAGUGCUCAAGGUGGCAGCCUACCACUCUGGAGGACCCGGGAUCAAAUCUGGAUGAGCCGAAAAAGCCCCAAGAAUUUUUCAAAUGGCGGUCCGUCUAGAUACAUUGGACCCGUCCCUUACCACCAGGCCACCUUGUAUGGGCCUGACCAAACCCAUAAUAGGCUUGCAAGAGGCCUCCUUAGUGCCCACAGAGUGGUUUGGUUUGUUUGAGUUAUGGCAACGCAACA